GGUGGAGCCACCCGUACCAGAUCAUUUCCACCCAAUUCCCACUAACAACCAGAUGGUAUUAGAUUUGAUUCCCCAACUCCUUAAAGACGCAUUAAUAUAUUUCCGAAAAUACCCUUUAUAACGUUAACAUUAAAAGGUGACAAAACGAAGUCGUUUCUUUCGAGAAAGCACACCACCACCACCACCAUGUUCUCCACAGCUUCAGAUGCGGCUUCUUUGCUUCAAUUUUGAAUACCAAAAAGAGAGAGAGAGAGAGAGAACAACAGAGAAUAAGAAAUACGAGCUGAUCACACUCUCGGAAUCUGGGUUUUCGCUACUGAUUCGUUGAUUUGAUCAUCGUCGUUGUCGUUGUCGUUGUUGCGGAAUCGUCAGAGAUCAAAAAGAUGUUUGAUGGUAUCUUAGGCCGCGGAUUUGCUCCCAAGGGAAAACCACUGAUAAAACUGACUAAGAAUCGGAUCGAUGUUCUUCGGAGAAAGAGAACUGCCACGAUCAAGUUUCUGAAGAAAGAUUUGGCUGAUCUGGUCAUUAACGGUCAUGACCACAAUGCUUUUAGCAGGGCAGGAGGGCUUCUUGAUGAACUAAGGUAUCUGUGGAGUCUUGACUUUGUUGAGCAGACCUGUGAUUUCGUUUACAAGCAGCUCUCUACCAUGCAAAAGACGCCGGAAUGUCCAGAAGAUUGUCGUGAAGCUGUAUCCUCGUUAAUGUUUGCAGCCUCGGGAUUUUCCGAGUUGCCUGAGCUGCGUGAACUGAGGCAAAUGUUUCAUGAAAAAUACACAGAUUCACUUGCAUUGUUUGUCAACCAAGAGCUUGUUGAGAAUAUGUCAUCAAAGCCAUUUUCUCUGGAGCAGAAAGUGAAGUUAAUGGAAGAUGUUGCAUCGGAGUAUUCUAUUCGUUGGGAUUCUAAAGAUUUUGAGAAGAGGAUUGUGAGACAUAAUAGUAUUUCAGUAAAGGAGACCCCAAAAAGCACUUACGACAAGUACAAGCCUGUUAACAGAAACAUGGCCUUGCCAAAAAGAGAAGAGUUUGAAGGUUCUGAAAAUGGGGUUAGCUUGAACCGAAAAAUGGCUGAGGCAUCAGAAAGAAGAGAUCCUUUGUUUCAAUCUGAUAAAGAAAGUUAUCAGAAUGGUCUCAGAGGAAAUCAUCAUGGGCUAACAUCUAAAGAAAGGUCAGAUAAUGUUCGUCACGCCUCCAGAUCCGAAAGCAAGGACAAUAAAGCAGAAAGGAAAGAGUUUUAUUUGCAUUCUAAGCAAGACCCUGCUAGAGAAAAACAUCAACCUAUUUUCAACGAAGGUGACACUAUAGUGAUGAAGGUCAACCGUGAGAAUCUCGGUCAAGGCAAUGGACAUCGGCCUGGUGUAGUUGAUGCGCAUAAGAAAAACGAGGUUGUUGCCUCAGAAAGGAAAGAGUAUUAUAUGCAAUCUAAGCAAGAACCUUCUAGAGAAAGACAUCAACCUAUUUUUAAUGAAGGUGACACUAUCGUAAUGAAGGUCAAGCAUGAGAACCACGUUCAAGGGAAUGGACAUCAAAAUGGUGUAGUUGAUCUGCAUAAGAAAACAGAGGUUAUUGCUUCAGAGAAACUUAAGCCUAGCAGCACCAAAAGAGCCGACAAGUUAGUUAUCGGCUUUAAACAAGAGAGUUUCUUUCAAGGGUACAAACAUGAGAAAAAUGAAGAUCAUGAACAUCAGAAAGAGAAAGAUAAUACCUCAAGACCUCCGAAGCCAAGUAGCAAGUCAAAGAGAGCGGAAUCUAUUGAUCCAGGUUCGAGACAUCGUAAUGAUCUGGAGAGUAAAGAAAAUGCAGUUCUUGUGGGAAAGAGCACGGAAGAAGAUCCAUCUGGUGGUAACGUUAAGGGUGGUGUAUAUGAGAAUGAUUAUGCAAAUCCAGCAAGGAAAGUUGAGGAGCGAGAAACAGAGAGAAUGAAAUCACCCUUCUACAAAUCCCUUCCACCUCCGUAUGUUAAAAAAUCUAGUGCUAAAGCAAGGAAUGAAAAAGCUGAAGCUUCAGAUAAUCCAAAGGCUCGUUUUGGUGGUGAAGAAGGAAAUCAUCCAGACAAUGAUAAGAAUGUUUAUGGGGCAGAUAGAGGAAAUGAAGCAGGUCAUCAUGAAGUGAAUGACAUAGAUAAUCCAUCUCUGAAACGGCGAACUAGCAGAAGAAAACACAUUGUAGAAUCGGGUGGUGAUGAUCAUACAAGAAGCCGAAGAAGGGAAAAUUCAAGGAAAGGCCUUCAAGUCUUAAUUGAUGAGGAUGAGAAGGACAGUGAGGAGAAGCUGAUGGAUAAACUUCUGAUGCAUUACAGUAAAAAACCUUCAAGUUAUGAAAAGGACAAUGUGCAACAAGAAUCCAAAAGCAGACGUACACAUCUUAAAAAAGGUGAAUCUGAUGAAGAGAUGAUGAUUUAUCAACCAGCUCGGUCACGUUCUCUACCCCCUGAACACUUGGCCGGGCCAUCUGAACCUGCAAAAACAUUUGCCCGUGCUGCCUCAUUUCAGCCAAAACGUUCGAGUGAAGCUAAGCACGUUCACCCCAAGUUACCAAACUAUGACGAUUUGGCUGCCAGAUUUGCAGAGCUUAAAGGAAGGUAAAUAUAUGAACAGUUGAUGCCUAGAAACAUAGAAUUAAAUAUCCUGUUACACAUUUUCUUACUUCUUGAUAUACUACUUGUCCCAUAUUGCCAUGUAUGUUGUGUUUUUUAUAAUAGUUGUAAUUGGGAGAGUGACACAUUGUUAUGGACCCAAGAGUUGGUGAUCAUCUCCUUGUUUUUGGAUCAUCCUAUGUAACCGUUUGAAAACAAGGAUCUGUUUAGAAAAAGAGAAAGUGGUUACCACACUGUUUAUUACCAAUU